GCCAGACAGCAGCAGGAGAUCCGACACCGGGGAUGGCCUCUUAAUCUUUAAUAACAAAAUCAACAUUAUACAUUCACAAAAUGAAGUUUCCCUACUCAUAGAUUCACGAGGAUAUGGUGAGGAGAAGGUGCCCCAUGCUGCAUUAGUGGAAUAGUGACAUGCUGGCCUGUCUGCCGGCAUCAGGUGAUCCUACCAUCCGACUUCUCUCCCGCACGCAGAUGAACACUGGACUACAGAAAUGGGAAACUACACAGAAGAUGAGAUCUGCCAGCUAUCCAACCCCAGCAGAGUUGGAUGCCUAUGCUAAGAAAGUUGCCAACAACCCACUGACCAUCCAGAUCUUCCCCAACAGUGUCAAAGUUCCUCAAAGGAAGCACAUUCGCCGCACAGUCAACGGGCUUGACACGUCCUCGUCCAGCCAGCGCCACAGUCCCUACCCCUCUCAGGUCAGCUCCAGUAGGGGUCUGCUGGCUGUCCUACGUGCACCUGUCAAAGGUGUCAUUAAAGAUUCCGCCGGUAGCCGCACCCGGCAGCUACAGAAGGCCGUCAUGAACCCUCACAGUGGACCGUACGCCACUCAAAGCACUUUAAAUCUUCCUCAGCCUGCUCCUCACCUACAGGGUCCGUCUCAGCCUGUGGCCCCAGCUGCCCAAAAGCAGGGUAUGGUUCACCCACAGGCGCUACAGCAGAGCAUGACUCACCCAAUGACUUUACAGCAGCCUCAAACGAUGCCUCACCCGCAGGUGUUACAGCAGAGGAACAUGGCUCAUUCACAAGCUCUGCAGCGGCAGCAGAGUUUGUCCCAGGUUCAGACUUCACAGCAGAGAUUGGCUCAUCCUCAGGGCGUCCAGAGGCAGCAGAGUCUGCCUCACGCUCAGGCUCUGCAGCAGCAGCAGAGCCAGUCCUGUCAGCAAGUCGUCCCGCAGCAGCACCUGCCUCACCUGCAGACACUAAAGCAUCAGACGGCUCCUCCACAAGCUUUACUCACACAACAAGGAGUGACUCAGGAUCUGCGCCACAUGGCGGAUGGAGCUGCACUUCCGACCCUGCAGCACACCCAGGGGCUGGUCGGCUCGCAGCCCCUCCCCCAGGCUGUGGGUACAGGACCUCCUACCAUGCCUAACAGCCUCCAACAGCCCCCACCGGGAGCAUACGGGCCCCGGAAGCUCCCUGACGCAGACGCCCCACCAAAUGUAACUGUAUCUACCUCCACCAUCCCACUGUCCAUGGCGGCCAGCCUGCACCAGAACCGGCCGAGUGACCUGAGCAGCAUCGUGCACCAAAUCAACCAGCUGUGCCAGGCACGGGCCGGUAUGGGCACCACCUCAGUCUGUGAGGGCCAAAUAGCAAACCCCAGCCCCAUCAGCCGCAACCUGCUGAUCAACGCCAGCUCCAGGGUGUCCUGUCACCACCCGGCUCUGGGCUCCGUGCCCAGCUGCCUCAUGGUGGGAGCCGCGGACAAAGCUACAGCUCAGACUCCCAAUGCUGCUCUCCAUUCACAGCCCAAUGUCGCUGCUACUAACAGUAUACCUGCCUUUCACGCAGACCCAGAGAAGGUACAACUGCAGCAACAACAACAGCAGCUGCAGCAACAUUUACAUCAGCAGAAACAACAGCAGCAACAUUUACAACAACUGCAGCAGCUGCAGCAGCAGCAGCGCUCCUGGGCUCAGCACCAGCUGGCCCACAUGCAGCAGCCUCCUGAGGGGGCCCAUCCCUGCAAGAACCCACGGAUGGAGCCCCCGACUGAGUGUGCUUUCUCCUCUCGAAACCUCAACUAUCCCCACAAGCUCCCCAACACUGCACAGUCCUUUUCUCUCAAACACCCCACGGAAAAACCACGACCCUCCUCCCCCGUUAACUGCCCCAUAGGUUCUAUGCCUUACAUUAAUGGCCACUACAUGCAGCCACAGUGGGGCAGUGUCCCCGCCACAGCAGGAAACAACGGAUCCGGCCCUCAGGACCUCCCUGUGGCUUUCCAAGGAGGGCAGGCUCCUGCCUCCACAGACCGCAUCCCAGGGGCAAAGUACCGGCCAGGUAAAGAGGCUCUGCCUGGUCAGUCCAAGCUGAUGCAGAAUGUGGAUUUCUUAGGUGGGGGCUUCCAGAUGCCCGGUUAUCAGGAGCAGAACAUGGAUGUGAUGGAGAAGAUGCACCGGUCAGCCAUGGGCCAAGUCCAGGAGCCCAACAGCGGUGGAGGAGUUCACACUCAUCACCCUGGCUACCGUUAACGCGUGUGCUCAUCCCUCCUCGCUGUAUUUUGAGUUCCUCAACAGCUACGUUCUGCUUCUGUGGUUUAUUCUUUAAGAUCUUGCAAGUGAUCAAUUACAUUUUACUGCUUUGGAGCUUGAUUUGUAGAGCCACCAGGUUGUGAUGUUUCAAAGUAUUCCUCAGGUCUUAAGCCAUGUCGUACCUUUGUUGCAGAUGAAGGGUUUUUGAGAUUGUUGUCCACUGUUGAGUAGAAUUCCUCUUUUCAUCACUGGCAUGGAUGUGCUGCUCUUUGUUCAUGUAUAUAUGGUGUUUAAGAUAUUAAUUUGCAGCUGAGAAUAUGCUUGCCAUAUGAUUGUCACAGUGCUUUUCUUAGGUUGACAUGGAACAACUCAACUUUUUUCAGCAUUUGUGGCCUUACAACUGCCCAAAGGCAAGAUUUAGGAUGUCCUCGUUUAAUGUGUUUAUUUGAAAUUAUUUAUCCUCUGAACAGGUUUGUGAUUCAUUUAAAUAAGAAGGUCACAUGUAUAUGCAAUGAAUAAGACUGUUGAUAAGGUUUCUGUCCCAGGAACUCCCUCUCAUAGUUGAGGUGUACACUUUAUAACAGGCCUAAAGUGAGAGCCACAACUCCUACAUCAGGAUUACAACAUGGCUGCGCUGUGAGUGAUCACAGUGCACAAAAACCGCUAACUAUCACUGUUAAGCUGAGUCUUAAAGGUGCAGUGUGUAUGAUAUAGGGGGAUUCAUCUGCAGAAAUGGAACAUAAUAUAAUAAGAAUGUUUUCUU